GUUGGCCACGUCCCCGGGCCACGUCGCUCUUUCCUCGCCAUUUUCCCCUCUUUAACUGCUAGAAUCGUGCUAUUCUGCUGCCACCCUGUUGUUCAUCCUUAUCGGUUUGGUUAGAAAUCGUUACCGGAGACCACUGGGCUUUUUUGGAGAGUCUAACAUCGGUUUCCGAGAAAAGGCGCUUCCUCCAUCAUGAACAUUUUCAGGCUAACCGGUGAUCUGUCCCACCUAGCAGCCAUCAUCAUUCUGCUGCUAAAAAUAUGGAAGACCAGGUCCUGUGCCGGUAUUUCUGGGAAGAGCCAGCUCCUGUUUGCUUUGGUGUUCACCACUCGCUACCUGGACCUGCUCACCUCCUUCAUCUCCCUCUACAACACCACCAUGAAGGUCAUCUACAUCGGGUGUGCCUACGCCACUGUUUACCUGAUCUACGUGAAGUUUAAGGCCACGUAUGACGGGAACCACGACACAUUCAGGGUGGAGUUCCUGGUUGUUCCCGUCGGCGGCCUGGCUUUCCUCGUCAAUCAUGACUUCUCCCCCCUGGAGAUCCUUUGGACCUUCUCCAUCUACCUGGAGUCGGUGGCCAUCCUCCCCCAGCUCUUCAUGAUCAGCAAAACCGGUGAGGCAGAGACCAUCACCACCCACUACCUGUUCUUCCUGGGACUCUACAGAGCUCUGUACCUCUUCAACUGGAUAUGGAGGUUCUACUUUGAGGGCUUCUUCGAUAUGAUCGCCAUUGUGGCUGGAGUGGUGCAGACCAUCCUCUACUGCGACUUCUUCUACCUGUAUGUGACAAAAGUACUGAAAGGAAAGAAGCUGAGUCUUCCAGCCUAAGUGCCAGAGACAAGUGUUCGAGCAGACUCAUGCAGGAGUCAGGGGGGAGGACGAACAGCAGCGAACGGCUCGGAAACAACACCCUCCGCCGCCGCAGUUUCCUCUUCUUCCCCUCCAUCCAGCGCAAGAUGCCUGAGACAGAGCAAGCAGGAGCCGCCGCCGCCGCCGCGCCUCCACCUGGUCCGGACUCGGAGGAACCGCGAGGCUGCUCCGGAUUUCUGUUUGACGCAUCUUGCCUUAAGAUUUUUUUAUUGCUCUGUAUAAAGAAAGAAAAAAGUGCAAAAGCUUUUCUACAUAAAGUGUGUUUAUUGAAUUCAACACAUUGUGAGCAGAAGAUGUAAAUUUGCAGACUUUUUGUGGUGGGAGGAUAUUGAACAUUUGUAAUCAGAAUAAAUGUGUAACGUUUUUCAUGACUCCGCCUGAAGGGGAUUUCUGUGGAUGCUAAUUCCUUUUCAGUUUGUGCUUCUUUUUUUUUUUUUUUUUUUUUUUUAGAGGUGUGAAGUUUCCUUGCAUCUGCUGGUCAAAGGAUGGAUUUAUCUAAAUUCUUUUUCCAAGAGUUCAUGUUAGAUAGGCAUCAAAGCAGAUUCUGCCAGCUUUGAUGCCUCGUCCCUUUUUUUUUUUAAUUUUCCAAUGUGGAGUAAAAACACAAAGCACAGCUUUAAUUGAGGCAAAUGAACUGCCUGCACAUUAAACCCCUCAUGGAGACCCUUUUUUUAUGUAAUUCCACCACAUUGCCAAGCUCUUUUUGUUUUAAGUCCACCAUUAAGAUACUGUUUGUGGCAGAAGGAGGAUUUCUUUUAGAUGCAGGUGUAUUUAUAAUUUUCUUUGUUUCCAAUAACUAAGGUCCAUAGACCUGCCUCUGUGCUGUGAAUGAUUGUUUUCCUGAGGAAGGGGAGCAGCACAAUCGUUCAUUUGCUGUAGACUUCAGCCUUUUUGAAUGAGUUUUUUUUUUUUUUUUUGCAUGAUCUUGGCAGUACAAAUAAAAACUUAUUGGAUGAUA